AUGAUGCGUAGCGCAAAUUACGAAUGUCGUAAUUACUUUUGCGGUAACAUCUGGCAAAGUUACUUUGAGUUCAUGUUAGAAUCCGAGCUUUCUAUGGUGCUGUCAAGAAGGACUUUCUUCAUUCUCUUGAUUCUCCUUGUUGAUGUUUCAGCACAGGCGUUCAAGUGCUUGCACAAGUGCGAUAAACAGGAGAAAAAUAAUCUGAGGAAGACCACAUGUAUGCUAACAUGUCCUACAGAGGAGUUAGAAGAGUGCCGGAAGCGAUGCAUGGAUAAAGGAUGGCAGUAUUUGCUUCAGUUCCCGACGGCAUGUCUGAGUCUGUGAAACAAACUUCUCUCAAUACUGAUGCUUGAAUAAACUUUGCAGCAUAAAAAAAUUCAAAGCAGGAUACCCUAGAAAUGUAUUUAUGUAGAAUAUUGCUCAAUUUCUUUACUGCUGCUAUUGCAAAUCAAACAUCC